AUGUCAGUAGAAUCUAGCCCUCUGAAAGAAAGCGUCGUCGAUAUGUCUUCGGAAUUCAUUGCCAAUCCUGAAGAGAAGAAUCACAAAAAAGUUGCCAAAAAGGCUAAGAAGUAUUCCUUUGGUCGUUGGAAAAAAAUAGACUUAUUGGAUCUUUGUGAAAAGUUGAAAAUAGAUGAUAUUCCUACCUCCGCUAACAAGAAUACUGUACUUGAAAUACUUGAAGAUCAUUUAUCUACAUUGACAGAACCAUUAGACACAGAAAUUGAAUUCCCUGAAUUAAAGGACUAUUUUGAUUCUUUAGAGCCUAGUGUUUUUGAGGAACGCGUUGCACAGUUUGCUGCCGAAGGAAAUAGUGAUGAAAAGAAUUAUAAUACUUUAAAUUUUAAAGAUAAUGAUGCCUCUGGUGAAGGAAAUAUGAUACCAUUCAAAUUUAAUUUACAAGAAAGAUUCUGUGAUAUUGUUGAAUCUACCAAGAUUUUAAAUGAAAAUGUACAAGAUUUUUUUUCCAGUUUAAUUACAAUUACUAUUAUCUUCCAAAUUAUUGAAGCAUUAUUAUUAAUUCAAGAUUUUUUCCAAAAUAAUCGUAAGACUGAUUAUAAUCUAAUUUUACUAUUACUUGUAUGGGGAGCCACAUAUGUUGGUUUACCAAUGUUGUUUGCUUAUUAUUUCAAUUUUAUUCGUUAUGAUUUAUUGAUUGAAAUUGAUCCAAUGAUGAUGAAUAUUACUAAAGGUUUAUUAUUCUUAUUAUUACAACAUAGUCACAUUAACACUACAUCAACAAACCAUAUUAUUGAUAGUUUCUCUUCUGAUGUUUCUUCUGCCAAACACUCUAAGAUUUGUGAAUGUUUCCUAAUGAAGUAUCUAGGUAUUAUGAGCUCUAUCUUAGGCAAUGUACCAUUUAUCUUCGCACUAGUUGGUUCAUUGAUCACAUUGUACGUGUUGUGA